GAGUCACGCUCGAGGCUGAGAUGAUUCUAAGCGUCAACCAUUUAGAACGCUUAGUCUAGUUUACGUAAUUUUGUACGUUCGAUUGGUUGUUUAUUAUUUAUUUUUAAAAAACGUAGUUCUGGAACUGUGACGUGAAAAUCCUGCUACUAUUAAUACUGACCGCAACCAACCACUGUCUACAUUUAUGCACUGGCGAUAAUUGAGGGCGCUACUGAAAAAAUUACCUGAGCUAACAAAAGUGAAAAUUGAUAUCUACGACCAACUACUAGUUGACCGAAGUGUAGGAGGAGGGCUCGGUGCUUGGAGCUGGCCCGACAAAACGUGGAAGAGAAGGCCGUUCUUUAAGGUGGAGGGAUGGUUAGCGCCAGCGAAAAUGUGCUCUGAGGCCUGGGGGUUACUUAAAGUUAGCACGAAGCGAGCGACUUUACGCGUGCAAACGCCGCUGUGCCCCCCCCCCCCAAGUUAGUGUCAGGAAUGGGUUUAUGCAUUCCAGCGCUGUCAGCAAGCACCCUGCUAACAAGAAAGUAUCCAAGCAUUGCACAUUUGCCUCCUUGGAAUAAAGUACGAUGGCAGACAAUCAGCAAAGGAGCCCUGAGUUUGAGGCACCAACCGGGCAUGCAAAGCACUACAUCUGUGGUGGAUGUGCUGGUAUCACGAGCAUCACGAUCGCCUACCCGAUAAGAAAGGUCGUCUUCAGGCAGCAGCUAUUUGGUGUGUGCAUAACCGAGGCCAUCCGGCAGCUGCAGAGGGACGGCAUGCGGACCCUAUACCGUGGCCUGCUGCCCCCCCUGCUGGAGAAGACCACCACGGCAGCCAUCAUGUUUGGCCUUUAUGAGGAUAUGUCUCGGCUGCUGCCCCAACCCGCUGGCAGCCCGGGGCUGCUGACCAGCAGCAUGGCGGCUAUGCUGGCGGGCACUGCUGAGGCGACUCUGACCCCCUUCAACAGGGUCCAGACGUUGCUGCAGGACCAGCGGAAUCACACGCGCUUCAACAACACCAGCCAUGCGUUUCGGAUCCUGCUGCGGGACUAUGGUGUGCGGGAGUUGUACCGCGGCAUGGUGCCCAUCCUCCUGCGCAAUGGGCCCUACAAUGUGCUCUUCUUUGGCCUUCGCGGGCCCAUCAAGAGGAGCCUGCCCGAGGCAGAGACCCACGUUGGCCACAUGGUCAACGACUUCAUCUGCGGCGGCCUUUUGGGAGCCACUCUGAGCUCCCUUUUUUACCCACUCAAGGUACUAAAGGCUCGCAAGCAGUCACAGCUUGGUGGCGAGUUCCAGUCCUCAUGGCAGGUGUUGCGUACGAUCUGGAGGGAGCGGGGUGGGAAACUGAGCCAUCUUUACCGAGGGGGAUUCCUCAACUACAACCGCUCCCUCCUGUCCUGGGGCAUUACCAAUGCUGCGUAUGAGUUUUUAAAAAAGGUCAUGUAAACCGACCUCAAACCUCUGGACAGUCCCUGGAACCUCUACCACCCCCUGCUCAGAAUUCAAGAUUGCUGCUCCGCGCAUGAAUAAGGAUGACAUCAUUCCCUGGUCCUUUAUACCAGGAGGCAGAAGACCCCACCACAUACUAUUUGAAUGAGGGCUUAACAGACGUGGCAAACCUGCUUGAUGCAGAAUCAUAAUAAAAAAGCCUGCCGCAGAUGAAGUCGCUGACCAGGUGGCCAACGUGGGUCUCGGCCUCAUGCCAUAACAGAUGAUGGGUACAGCACACAAGCUAUGUGACAGGAAGUGCAGGGGUAGGAGUAACCAGAAGCCGGGAAAGAAGGGUCAUGACAGUGUGCUCGGAUCUAUGAAAUAACACUGUGCUGUCACUCAAUUACAGAUGUACUUAUCCAUAUGCUUGUCAUUGUUGUUUUUCAUGUGGUCUGGCACCU